AUGCACUCUCUCCUUCGCCGUAACAUCAGCAUCAAUGCUGUCUUUCGAUCGACGCGUAGUCCUCGCGCUCUCCGUUUCUCCACCACCGCAUCACCUCGACUAGCAACUCCCUCUUUUCCUUGCGUUGAUGCUCAUGCUGCCCGCCAAUCCAAACUCCUCGAGGCAUCAAGUCUCUCGCCAAGCUAUUCUCGCGAAUCCACCGACUCUGAAUCUGGACCGGAACCACCUUAUGCCCGACCCUCUCCGACAUCUUACCACACGUACCAUCAUUCGAGUCCGAUGAAAAUGACCUAUGGCGACGAACUUCCUUCAUUUGACAUCGCAUACGAGACAUGGGGAGAGCUCUCACCGAAUCGUGAUAACGUCGUUCUUUUGCAUACCGGCUUGUCGGCGUCCUCCCAUGCUGCUUCCACCUCCAUGAACCCAUCUGAAGGCUGGUGGGAGAAAUUCAUAGGACCUGGCAAGGCAAUCGAUACUAGACAGUUCUUCGUGAUUUGUACCAAUGUUCUCGGUGGAUGUUACGGGUCUACUGGUCCAUCUUCUUCAGAUCCCUCAGGAGAGCGAUAUGCAACGCGCUUUCCUAUUGUUUCAAUCUUCGACAUGGUUCGCGCUCAAUUUCAUCUACUAGACCACCUUGGCGUUGAUCGUCUAUAUGCAAGUGUCGGCUCUUCAAUGGGGGGGAUGCAGAGUUUAGCCGCCGGUUGGUUAUUUCCAGACCGCGUUGGAAGAAUAGUCAGCAUCAGUGGGACUGCCCGAAGUAGCCCUGGCAGUAUCGCCAUGCGGCAUGCUCAACGUAGUGUUCUUAUGGCCGACCCAAAUUGGAACAACGGAUUCUAUUAUGAUGGUGUUCCCCCUCACAUUGGGAUGAAACUGGCACGCCAGAUUGCCACCAUCACUUACCGAUCUGGUCCGGAAUGGGAUCAAAGAUUUGGACGGAAACUGCGUAAAGAAAAUUCAUCACAAGGUUCCGUACAGGAUCGAAAGCCGACCUUAUGCCCGGACUUUCUGAUAGAAACCUACCUUGACCACCAGGGAGAGCAAUUCUGCCUGAAGUACGACGCGAACUCUCUCCUCUAUGUCUCGAAGGCCAUGGAUUUAUUUGAUCUGACCCUUCCUGCCAUUGAGGAGGUGGGCAUGGUACCUCCCCCGCCUUCCACCAUUGAGCCAGACUAUUCGUACUCCUCCAUAUACGCAACGGCUCACACUUUCUCGAAAUCUCACCCGCCACCUCCAAACCCACCACCACAUCUUCCGGAGCUAGCUGAGGGUCUACGUCCGCUCGCGAACACACCCAUGCUCAUUUUAGGUGUGCAAAGUGACAUUUUAUUCCCUGUCGAUCAGCAGCGGGAGCUCGCAGACGCCUUGCGGAUGGCCGGUAAUGGACGAGUAGGUUAUUAUGAGCUUGGUGGAGUAUGGGGUCACGAUACCUUUUUGCUGGAUGUUCUCAACGUUGGGGGAGCAAUCAGGGGAUUCCUGUCGUAG